CUAUUCUCUGGAGCAAGUUCAAGCUUUUUAUUCAUUUCCAUUUCAACAAAUGAUGGCUGAAGCUCCCAAUAUGGCAGUCACGACUGAAGAGCAGAUGCCAGCAGAAGCUCCUGCCCAGGAACCUGUACCAGAGGCUCCAAACAGAAGAAAAAGAAAAGCCAGAGCAUCAGAACCCAAGGACCCAGUGGAACCCAAAAAAACUGCCGGGCCAAAAAAAUCUGGCAAGUCGACAAAGUCAAAAGAAAAACAAGAAAAAAUUACAGACACAUUUAAAGUGAAAAGAAAAGUAGACCGUUUCAACGGUGUUUCUGAAGCUGAGCUUUUGACCAAGACCCUUCCUGAUAUUUUGACCUUCAAUCUGGACAUUGUGAUUAUUGGCAUUAACCCUGGAUUAAUGGCUGCUUACAAAGGGCAUCAUUACCCUGGACCUGGAAAUCAUUUCUGGAAGUGUCUGUUCAUGUCAGGACUGAGUGAGGUUCAGUUGAAUCACAUGGAUGACCACACCUUACCCGGAAAGUAUGGUAUUGGCUUCACCAACAUGGUGGAACGGACGACGCCAGGCAGCAAGGAUUUGUCCAGUAAAGAAUUCCGGGAAGGUGGAAGGAUCCUAGUGCAGAAACUGCAGAAAUACCAGCCACGAAUAGCGGUGUUUAAUGGAAAAUGCAUUUAUGAAAUUUUCAGUAAAGAAGUUUUUGGAGUAAAGGUUAAGAACUUGGAAUUUGGGCUUCAGCCCCACAAGAUCCCAGACACAGAAACUCUCUGCUACGUCAUGCCAUCUUCCAGUGCCAGAUGUGCUCAGUUUCCAAGAGCCCAGGACAAGGUUCAUUACUACAUUAAGCUGAAGGACCUAAGAGACCAACUGAAAGGCAUUGAGCGGAACACAGACGUGCAGGAGGUGCAAUACACAUUUGACCUACAGCUCGCACAAGAGGAUGCAAAGAAGAUGGCUGUCAAGGAAGAAAAGUAUGAUCCCGGUUACGAAGCCGCGUAUGGCAGUGCUUACAGUGAAAACCCAUGUCAGAGUGAAUCUUGCAGCUUUGCUUCAAACGGGCUAACAGCUGACAGUGCAGAGCUGAGAGGAGAAGCAGCUCCUGGUGGCGUUCCAAAUGGGCAGUGGAUGACACAGUCAUUUACAGACCAGAUCCCGUCCUUUAAUAACUGUGGGACACAGGAGCAGGAAGAAGGAAGCCAGGCUUGAUGAUGGUCUCCUGAGCUCUGCCUCAGCACUGCAGUUUUAAUGCAGUUGUGAGGCCCCAGAGUCUCCGUUUCCUAACAGUCGGUAGCGAUAGUACCUUACACUAGUGGUGUAACUAUACAUGGAGCAGUUGUGUGGUAGAGUCAACUGCAUGAACCUGUGUAGUUGAAAGGAAAAAGUAGGGUGUUUUCUACCUGAGUUUUGUAUUUGAAUUACUCAUCAUUCCAGCUUUUUAUAUACUAGAUUUCAUUUACGAAGAAACUUGCUUUCUUUGGGGAGUCACUUUGAUGUAAUUUUAAGACUCAACAGUUUGAAUAUAUACGUAUAUAUGCCAUUAUCCCUUUUAAUGACUCAGAAGGGCAUGCUAGUAAGAAACUGGGAGAUUAUGCCAAUUUCCAUGUAAAAAGCCAACCAGCCGUCAGUGGAGUCUGGUUAGUUUUGGAAGUUGGGGGUAAACUCAGAACUCCCUGGGUUGUAGUCACUCUCUCCAAAUGGUGUGUAUGGCAGUUGCUUAGUAACAGAAACAGAGUGUGGCCUGAACCCCGCCUUUGGCCUCCCACUCCUGUGUGUUGGUCCUCUCAGAGGCAGACACUGUUUUGCUGAGCUGGUAGGUUCCUGAGAAUGCAGUCAACCUUUUAUAGUUUGCCAAUUGUGUUUUUUAUUGAAUUUCCUCAUCAGUGUUUAUCACUCUUCUAAUUUUAUCCUUGAUGUGGGAAGUGGUAAGAAAUGAACUUUCAGGGUGAGCAACACAAUGCUGGAGGUGUUUGACAAUUCUAUUUAAACUGGUGCUGUGUGUACAGGGGUUUUAAUAAGAUAAUGCAGAAUUUUUCUUGCUAGUUUAACUAGUCAAUAAUUUAAAAAUUAUUGUCACUACUGUGUUACUGUAGACUAAGUGAACCUCAUGAAAAGGUUGGCUGGAAUUGUACCUUUGUGGUUUCUAAUGCAUUUUCCAUGGUGCUACAAAUAGCCCAGCCCAUUAGGGCUGUGGGGUAUUAAAACUGGGUAUACAGAAAUGCCUAUUGCAUUCACUCCUGAUCACUUAUGAAUAUUCUGACUUGGCACAUAUCCAAGGAGCAUGCUGGUUUUGCUGUAUGAAAUGUCCGUGAGGUUUUUAUAUUCCACAGAGGUUAUGUAGCCUAUUCUUCUGUGAAUAAUAAGAGAAGCAGUUUCUUGUGAAUCUUAACAUGCCUUUUAGCUGUGACAGUGGGUCUUAUUUUUCCUUGAGUCUAGGUCAAGCUUGUGUGAGUCAUGUUGCUUUAAGAUGUACUGCACUGCUGUUUACAUGGACAUUUUUUGCGGGUGCUCUGAAGUGCCUUGCAUCAGGGAUUAGGAUCAACUGAAUUAUUUUUUCAUGGGACCGUGUAAAGCAUGUAACUAGGUAUUGCUUUGGUAUAUGACUAUUGUAGCUUUUCGGUAGAUUUCCUUGAGUAGAGAAAUACUUUAAAUUAUGACACUCUGGAGAAAGGGUGUGAGUAUAGUCCCAGUACUUUUCACUGAACAUGGCAAAUAGUAGUAAUGCUGAUGUGUCCUACACAUGACAGGAUGGGGUUUUUCAUUAAAUAGUACUGAGAUUUUUAAUUCAUAUGAAAGUCUGGAUGGUUUUUACAAUAAAUAUUAAGAAUGGCUAUACAAGGUACAGACUUUUCUGUAGCAAGACUUAAUGGUGUUCUUCCUCACUGUAAACCUGAAGACAGUUUACUUUCUAUUGUAUUUAACUUGUAAUUCAUGAGGAAAAUCAUAAAAACUUGAAUAUUUUAUUUGUACAGA